UGUGCCUUGAGAGAGACAUGAGAGCCAAGGAUCCAAACCCUAAUCAAUUUAAUAUGAAAUUACCAAAACACCCCUGGGCCUCUCACCCUCCACUUUACCACCACCACCACCAUCAUCAUCAACGUUCCAGCCUCGCAAGUAACAAACUUGUUGCUGUCCUCCGCAGGAGAAACUCCCCCUCACGCGCACGCAACGCGCCGCCCUAGAUUCCUCUCUCAACGCCAGAUUCAUCGGAAAACUUCAACUACUGCUUCUACUUCCCCAACAAUCGAUUAAUUUCCCGUUGCUCAACGUAUUUGAGCAUAUUCUCGUCGUUUCUCUUGCCCUAAUUUUGCUUUCGUCGUUCCAGGGAUAAAGGAAAGGUCCUAAGGUAUUGUCUUGGUGGAGCCGAGCCUGCAAUUUCGUGCGGGCUGCUGUCGUUAUCAGGAAAGCUGGAAGAGGUGUUCGUGAGCGAUGUUGUUGGCGUUGAAUCGAAAUGGUGUUCAUUUGAUCAACUGCAUCCUUCAUUUUUCUGAAUGGCAUCCUUUGGAAUUCAGCCACAAAUCUAAUUAGCUAGGGCAUAAUUGCCCCCCUUAAUCUUCGUAUCAGGUUUUGUUCUAGUUAAGCUGAUAAAGUGUUUUCUAGAUCGUUGAAGUUAUUAUAGUUCAAGUAUCCAUGUUUAUCAAGGGAUACUCUAUAGCAAGUGUGGCAGAAAUGGGCUGUUGUGGUUGCUUUGGAUUUUCAUUAAGAAAAAAGCACAAAAAGACUCGGCCCAGGACACACAUUGAGAGUCACAUUUCACAGGAAUUACUCCUAAAUGAAGAAGUAGAAGAAGAGGAAGAGGAGGAAGAACACGAAGAAGAAGAAGAUGAUGAUAACUGCUCAUAUGGUGAUGACAUAUCCGACACUGAAAAAGAUGAUCAUGUUGAAUUCAAGAAUCCAGCAAAGAGAUCAGAAGACAUUCUUUUAUACAGAACACAAAACGGAUUGAUUUGCAGGGAGUUCCCUGUCAAGGAAACACACAAAGUUAUCCGCUCAGAGGAUGAGAAUGGAAACAAAAUGGUGAAUGAGUAUGUUCGUGAGUAUAAAAUCGGUUCUGGUAGCUAUGGAAAAGUGGUUCUUUACAGAAGCCAAGUUGAUGGGAAGCAUUAUGCAAUUAAGGCAUUUCACAAGUCUCAUUUGUUAAAGCUAAGAGUUGCUCCAUCAGAAACUGCCAUGACUGAUGUUCUUCGUGAGGUUUUAAUAAUGAAAAUGUUAAAUCAUCCAAACAUAGUAAAUCUGAUAGAAGUGAUUGAUGACCCAAACACAGAUCAUUUCUACAUGGUUCUUGAAUAUAUCGAGGGCAAAUGGGUCUUUGAGGGAUCUGGACCUCCAGGUGGCUUAGGAGAACAAGUUUCAAGGAGUUAUUUGCGUGAUAUUGUAUCUGGUCUUAUGUAUCUCCAUUCUCAUAAUAUUGUGCAUGGUGAUAUAAAACCUGAUAAUCUUCUUGUCACUGCCACUGGGACUGUAAAGAUUGGUGAUUUCAGUGUCAGCCAGGUUUUUGAGGAUGAAAAUGAUGAACUUCGACGUUCUCCUGGAACUCCUGUUUUCACUGCUCCAGAAUGCUGUCUAGGUUUAACUUAUCAUGGAAAAGCUGCUGACACGUGGGCAGUAGGGGUAACUUUAUACUGUAUGAUUCUUGGACAAUAUCCUUUUCUUGGAGACACACUUCAAGAUACAUAUGAUAAGAUUGUUAAUGAUACUAUUUGGCUUCCUGAUGUUAUGAACCCCCAACUCCAAAACCUACUCGAGGGUCUUCUCUGCAAAGAUCCAACUCAGCGGUUGACUCUUGGUGACGUGGCGGUCCAUCCGUGGGUUGUGUUAGAUGAGGGGCCGAUACGUGAGUUUAAAUGCUGGUGCAAGCGUGAGAGGGGAGAAAAUGAAAAUGUUGAUGAGGGUAUAACGGGUAAUUUUAUUGCUAUUACUGACUGACUAAAAGUAUAAGCUUAUUUGUAAUGUCAAAAUUAUUUGUUUUUUUUUUUUUUUUGUAUAGUAAACUUUUUGUUUGGUUUUGAGGUUUUUUUUAAAAAAAAGUAAACAAAGGGAGAUUGUAAGAAAUUGGAAAGAAAGUUAAAUGUUAUUUGGGAUUUAUUUGGUUA